AUGACAAUCCAAGCAGCCGCCAACAACUGGAACAACCUCAUCGUGCCCGUCGCCAACAAAGGCACCACCCUCGGCUCCCCCAGCAUGUGCAAGCAAAAAGACGAGGACUUCCUCACCCCCUUCAAAGCCAAGCUCAACCGCGACUGGGACAUCACCAGCAUCCACGUCAACAAGCCAGAUCUGGCCGGAAUCAAAGCCGACGUGGAGCAUUACCGCAAGUACGGCAAGCCCAUCUUCGUCAACGAGUUUGCCUGUGUUCAUGACCAGGGCAGGUUCAAUCCGUGCACGGACCAGAAUGAGAUCAACAAUUUCAUCAAUGAUGCGGUGAAGUACUUCAAUAGCCAGAGCGAUAUUGUGGGCUUUGGUGCUAGUAACGGGAAUGGCUUGGGCAAGGUGUGGCCGUUGACCACCUCGAGUGGAAAGCUUUCUGAGACGGGGAAGACGUAUCUAAGGGCGAUCAAGAACUUGUAG